GCCUCCCCUGUGUCUCCAGUGCUAAGCGCGCAGCUUGUGGUUCCUGCCAUCCGCUCUGGAUCUGAUUAGCUGCUCCGAGACGGCCUCUCCCACACGUGAAAACCUCGCCUUCCUCCUCCACAGGGGUGGAGCCCGACCCAACGGUCCCCAAGCGGCUCCUUAGCCUCUGACGACGACAGCCGGUCUAAUAUGGAGCCCAACAAGAUGGCGCCUCUCAAGACCGCUCCGAGGGAUGCGUUGGUGAUGGCACAGAUCCUGAAGGAUAUGGGAAUCACCGAAUAUGAACCAAGGGUUAUAAAUCAGAUGCUGGAAUUUGCUUUCCGAUAUGUUACUACAAUUCUGGAUGAUGCAAAAAUUUAUUCAAGCCAUGCUAAGAAACCUAAUGUUGAUGCAGAUGAUGUGAGAUUGGCAAUCCAAUGUCGAGCUGACCAGUCUUUUACCUCCCCGCCCCCGAGAGACUUUCUACUGGACAUUGCAAGACAGAAAAAUCAAACUCCUUUGCCACUCAUCAAGCCAUAUUCAGGACCUCGACUGCCACCUGAUAGAUACUGCUUAACAGCUCCUAAUUAUAGGCUGAAGUCCUUAAUUAAAAAGGGACCUAACCAAGGAAGACUAGUUCCACGAUUAAGUGUUGGUGGUGUUGGUAGCAGACCCAUUACUCCUACUGUAGCCACCCCACAAACGGUCUCUAUCCCAAAUAAAGUUGUAACUCCAGGAACAGCAGCAAGCCAAAGAUUUACAAUGCAGAUGCCACCUUCUCAGGCCACACCUCUCAAACCAGUUCCUGCAACAACUCCAGUUCAAAAUGUUUUGAUUAAUCCUUCUAUGAUUGGGCCCAAAAAUAUUCUGAUUACCACCAACAUGGUUUCAUCACAGAACACAGCCAAUGAUUCCAAUCAGCUGAAGAGAAAACAUGAAGAUGAUGAUGAUGAUGAUGAUGAUACAAUAUAAAGAAAAGAUUAUAUUCUAGGUUCACUGCAAAAGUGUAGCUGGUUUUGAGCCCAUAUACUUACAGGCUGUCUUAAUUUUUAGCAUAGAAAAUGUAAAUGUAGUUGCAAUAUUUUUCACUUCAGUUAAAAUUUAGACUUAUUUAAUAAGAGUACAAAUGGUUUUUUCCAUUAGUACAAAAGUUAAGUACUUCUUAAUAGUGUUUUUCCUGGCAAUUCUAUUUUUGGGAGCAGUUUUCUGCUAUUAGGUGACUAACAGCAGCACUUAAAUUUCCAACUUCUACACCCUAGUCAGUGGGCUAAUUUUUACUUUCUAACAUAUAUUUCAAUGCAAAGUAACAUUUGUAAGGUAAGAUAAUCACAUUUGUCAAUUACCUUUUUGACCAAAUCUCUGUUUAGCCAACUUGUUAUAGAAAUGCUGGAUUGAGACUUCUAAGUCCAUUUUGAGUGUAUUUAAUUAAGCUAUUACUUGAUCUUACUUAAGUCACACUUCAAUUUCUCAUUCUAGAUCCCAUUGUUUUCUGUGCUCACUCCCACAGCCUUGUUUCUUCCCGUUGCCCUUAAAUUGAAAAGGCUGUAAUUGGAAUUUUUAAAAUACCAUUCCUAACAAUAGAGUUCAAUAUCACUUUCAUAUAUUUUUUGCCAGUUCUGGGGCUUCAACUCAGGGCCUGAGCAUAGUUCCUGG